GUGUGUCUGUCGGCCAUUUUAACUAUACGACUGCGCGCGUGCCUGCACUUAAAUCCGCCCGUCGAUUUGCUGGGUUGUUGCGUCUCCAUGUGUGUGUCUGUGUACGCAUAUAUGAAUGAUGGUAGUAGCGAUUCGACUGGUGACCCGGCUGUGGCCUGACCGUGUUAAAGCCGAAGGAGUUCGGCAGUUUCCUACCACCAUUUCGUUUAGCUUAUAGCGUUUAUAAUCAGUUAUUGAUAGGCCAGGCCGUUUAUAUGUGCACAGCUGAUUGAUGAAGUGAAUUAUUAAAAACAUUGUUUUUAAACUAUUUACAAGUCCUUCAUCCUAGUAGGGUCAGCCGUUAAAGAAAUAUAAGACCUGUAAUGUAGAAUUAGUAAGCGUGAAUGACGAUCAAAUAUAACGAAGACCCAGAAAAAAGGCCAACGAAUGAGUAAAAAAGAACACACAGCUGCAAAGGGUUAUGCAGGGAUGUCAGAACAAAAAGUUGACUUGAUAUGUCCCUUGGUUGAUGAUAUUUCUGCCUUGCCCUGCCUCGUUCCGUCAUGUGCCUGAGACUUCGAGCUUCUCGGCGCUUGUACUGGCUGCUAACGCUAGUCUGUUAACAGCAGGAUGCGAUGGUCCCCCACCUGUGUGUCUGCAGCUCAGAUCUACUCAGCGGAAGACAUUCGUGAGUGCGGAUACACAUAUAUCCACCAUCUGAACUCGACUGGAGCAUUUAUCUGCCAAAACGCAGUUACGAGGACACAUCUGUUAACUACCUUUAAAGCCAACACAUAAUUCUAAGAGCAACUGUCCAAUUGUGAUCAUCAACGGUAGUAUCAUCGUCAGCCGAGAUUGGCCAGUAGCAUUGCACAGCUGACAUACCGCUACGUGUGUUACCUUCGUCAAUAAUAUGCCCCCAGUAAGGACCAGGUGGUAAUAAGGGCCAAACGUGAAACGCAUCGGACUUCGGCGGUUGAACAUCAACGAUUACCCAAUUUACCCGAACUAUAUUCGAUUAAAAAGCAAGGCUUCAGAGUUCGGCUCAAGAUGAUACUGUCAUCGGCUCGGUUUGAUGCGACAUCGAAUGACUAUCACGAUCAUAAUAAUAGUGGUGGCAGUAGUCAACCUUUGAAUGGCGUCGAUGGCAAAAGGAAGAGCAGUCGGUCUGCAUCGGUCACUCCCGUUGAACGUCCUCAAUCAAAGAGGCGGUCCUCUGGAUUUCUGAAAAACCUCGUUCAUGAAUCGAAAGACGUUUUUCUAGCUCCGUUUCACCCAAGCCGACGGAAAGGAACGAUUGCCUCUCUAAGCAGCGAUUGCAAGGAUAAGGGGACACAGACGCGCUCAACAGACUACACGUUUUCAUGUCCGUACAGCGCAGCCCUCAGUGCUACCUCUUGUUCCUCCGGGACAAUUUUCGGCGGAGGCAAUAAUUCCGGACCGAAUUCUUUCAACAUAUGCCCACAACAUACAUCACCAGCUCAAGCCGGCCAAAAUCUCCAGGAUUAUCAGCUGCUGCAAAGGGUACGACGCAGUUCACGGGCACGUUCUGAUCCGUCUACUCUUUGCUCCUUAGCAAAUCUCUCUUCGCUGAGUGGCAAUGGUGGCGAAAGUCGAGUUGGAUUGUCCACUAACGGGACAAGUCAUCUGUAUUCCGGCCCGUCACUGUCUAGUACAUCUACCCCUGCCUCAUCUAAUACGCCCCAACAGCAGCAGCAAAUCCAAAAGUCAGCUUCCGAGAACGGUUCAAGACCCGACUGGGUUUCAAAUGGACCUUCUCCAAAUGCUUUCCAAUGGGACAAUUUUUUUCGACAGCGACAAUGCCCAGCAUCAUCUAAUAAUCCAUCAGCUAUAGCACACUGGCAACAGGCGCAUGACGAAUUCGGACGUACCCCUCAAAGCAGAACGCUACCGGCUCGCUUGGAACCAUUAUCACUACGUAGUUCUGAUUGGCCACUCACAUCUUUAGUGUUACCUGCAGGAACGACUGGUAUAGUUUCACCAGACGCCAUUCAACAUAGCGAUUUCACCCUUUUCAAUGACGCGCCACUUUUCCCAAAGCGGUCGGCAAGUUCCGCGAGUUCGGGUGUCGUGAACCCGCCCUCUUCGGCCUGCUGUUGUCCUUACGAAUUGUUGAAUAGGUUCUCGUCAACGUCGUCAUGCCCAUCCAUUCAGCAACAGCCUGACGAGCAGAGGUUAUUUUUAAUAGGGAACGUAGUCCUGUCAUUGUAUCGUUCCCUUCUGGAACCUUUUGCCGAGGGAUUGCUUCGCUAUCCUUGGGGUAGAGAUUCCCUGUGGUUAAUGGCUUUCGUCGUGUUUGCCUCAAUCCUUGUCCUGCUCGGCUAUGUAAUCACUACUGUGUUGCCGACGAUGCUGCUGGCGGUCUGUUUAGCGAUCUGCAAAUCGCUUAUCUUCCAUCGUAAUGAGACUAUAACACAUCUUCGAGUUUUAGGGGCUUCUGUACGCGGCUCAAUGUUUACCCGUGAGUGCGUCCAAUCUCUUCGAUCGGCUACCCUGCUGCUGGUGAACCACACACUUCAGCUGCUUGUACCACCGGUCAUUGUACCAACGAGCGUACAGACUUCCGCGAACACGUGAAGCAUGCUGGCUAAGUGAGGCUGCGUGGAUGAACAAAUAUCAUUACAACAGGAAACAAUACGCAUUCUUUUAAGAUAAUUCUAAGACAUCUAGAAUACAUUUGGAAAUCAUCGAGGAUCAGCAAAGAACAUCAGUAUAAAGCAAAAUGUUACUCAAAAAAAGUUUAGCGUAUCUUCGAUAUGAUUUGAUAAAACUGAAUUCGCAAAGAAAUCAUAGUGUUUUAAAGAACACCUAAGUAAUACAUGCUUUGCGCGUUAAACAUUACUGAUCUAAAUGACUAUAGCCAAAAUGGCUCAGAUUAGCGUUUCCUAAAUGUUGAUUAGACUACCAUUUGAUAUUGACAUGGACAAAACCUUCUGUUGUUGCAUAAGAUGACAAGAAAGUAUAUACAUAGAAUGGUUCAAAGGUCUCUUGAAAGUUUGUGAGUCUCCACUUGACACCUGUACAAAACAUACAUACCAUAUGUAUAUAUAUAUAUUAUAUAUAUAUAUAUAUAUAUAUAUACAAUAUAUAUACUGUCAA